AUGACUUCAGUCAGCAGUGGCCCUGUGCCCUUGGAUUUGGACGCAAUGCAUCGGCAGAGUAUACAGCAUGGUAGCUCACCUGCUCAAGCUUCGUCCAAUAUGAGAGGUUCGAUCGGAGGAGACUUUUUCAACAAGUUCUUUAGUGGAGGGGCUCAGAAGAAGACCACCCGAGAUGGACAACCACCAAAACGAAGAGGGCCCAAGCCCGAUAGCAAGCCAGCUCUCACAAGACGACAAGAACUGAACCGUCAGGCACAGAGGACACAUCGUGAGCGAAAGGAAAAGUAUAUCAAAGACUUGGAGACCGAAGUGGCACGAUUACGAGAGGCCUACACGCAAGAGAUUUCAGCCGCCAAUCUUGCUGUACACCAACAUCGAGAAAUGGUCGGUUCUUUGACCGAGGAAAACAAUAUGCUCAAGGAGAUUCUAGCGACACACAACAUCAACUUUGAGGGCGAGCUGGAACGUCGCAAGGCUGAGCGUCCGAUGCCAAUGUUCACAUCUAGCCCGGUCGCCGGAGGAAGCGUUGGAUCACAGACUGUUGGCAUCGCCUCAUCAAAUCCGCAUACUUACAGCACGCCGCCAACAACGGUUUCAUCGUCGGGAAUGAGCCCAAAGGUCAACGGAGUGGAUAAAUUUGACUUUUCGUCGGCACCAGAUACUGGUACCAACCAACAAUCAAUGCAUGCCAUGCAUGCCAUUCCAUGCGAUGCCCUGGCCGCUAUAGAUCGUCGGCCGCCUGUGCAAAACGGAGGCAUCUUUGAGAGCGAUCCUCAGCUUCAGGUUGACUUUAUAUUGACACUCGAGUCACCAUGUCGUGAGCACACGGAUUACCUUUGCCGAAGAUCCGCCACAGAAUCCGAAGACGAAGAUAUGCCAUUUUCCGGGCACGCACUGAUGGCGACGUGUCCACCACCUAGCUACAUCGCCAACACUACCAGCGAACAAGUGUAUCCACACAAGACCUACGACCUUCCACACGCCAACUUGUCCACACUGCUCAAUCUGAGUCGACAACUUGUAACAGAGGGGCAGGUGACGCCAAUAAUGGCACUCCAGGCGCUGAAGAGUCACGAAAUGUACCCUCGAUUGACAAGGGAUGACGUGAAGCUGAUCAUGGACACACUGGAGAACAAAGUGCGCUGCUACGGAUUCGGAGCGGUGCUGGAAGACUUUGAGCUCAUGGACUGCUUCAGCAGCGUCAGCGGGUCGAAGAUUGACGGGGGGUUCUCGCAGCCUGCCGAUGACAUGUAUUCAUGA